CCAAAAGCUUUUUUAAUUUUAUAAAUAGAGAUAAAAAAGAUACAUAUUGUUGCUUUUCUCUUUUUUUAUCCUUUCUUUUUAAUUUCUUUAACACUUUUUCUUUUACUAUUUUUUUAUUAUUGAUUACAGAAAUAAAUUAAUAAACAUGCCACUUACAAUUGAUGAUGUUGUGACACACUACGUAUUAUCAAGUCAUCCACGUAAUCGAGCAAUUAUCGAUAUUAAAAAUAAGAAGACCGGUGAACUCCGUUUUAUCAAAAUUAGGCACAGACUUUCUAAAUUUUACGCUGUCAGUUUGGUCGACCCAGUAACCUUUGAAGUAUGGGCUGAAACACAAGUGAAGAGUGCUUCAUCUAGAAUAAAACCAAUUAUUUUACACUUGGAUGAAAACAAUAAAAACGAUACGCCUGUAGAACUGCGUGAUUCUUCUCGCAUUGGUUUCGAAUGGAGUUUUAUAUGGGAAGGCGAGAAGUACAGAUGGGUACGUGAAAGUAGGAUGAGCAACUCGUUAGAAUGUAGAGCUGUUAGAAAAACUGGUGAUAUAUGUGUAGCACAAUACUUGCCGCGUAUACUAAAGGAUGAAUAUUUCGGCAUAUUUUCUUUACUUGGUUAUAACAUGCUUCGAUGCGACCUAACCAAAUCCCGCGAACUGGAGCUAAUUAUACUCAUGUCACUAAUGACUUUACUUGACAAGUCAGAUGACGGAGGUUGGAAAAGAGAUCCGAUUGGUAAGGGAGUUCAGGACGACGUCGGUAACUAUGAGAAUGCGAACAGUAAUGAUAGCAGUAACAACAACAGUACGAUUGUGUCACCUACUGUCUAUGAAGACCCAAUACCGAAAAAAGCUCAGCAGAAGAAACACAAAGUAGAAUUAAGUAAUGAUCAGAAAUUGCAUUUUAUGCUUGAAAAGGAUGUCCGACGAUCUCAAAAACAAAUACAAUUUGAUCAAAAAAAGCAAAAGCCAAUGAGCGCUGGGAAUAGUCCUGCUCACACGCCUGAUGUUUCGCCACUACCCACUCCAUCAGCAUCUUCGACUAAUGUUACGAUUGCAUCUCCUCGUUUGACACGUCAGAAAUCAGCUUGUAACUUGAAUUACUAUAAAGGUGCAAAUGCCUCAAACGUCGGUGUUGAUUCUCCUGAAUCUCCUGUAUCUCCUGUUGUCCCUGCAAGCAGUGGUACGACUAAGAAUGGCAGACUUUCAAAACUUUUCAGUAGCCUAUCUCACAAACAAACAAAUUCUUCUCCUUCAUCACCAUCGACAAACACAUCACCUGUCGAUGCUAAACAUACAAGUAUUCACACAUCCAAUGAUACUAUUAAUGCCAGUCAGAACACUUAUGCAGACAUAAAGUACCAAAAACCAGUAUUGCAAAGAUCGUUACCACAUGAACAGCACUACAGUGAGCAACAGUAUGAAAACAGUUACCCUUACUAUGAUAACCAGCGUAGCUUACCUGUUGGGCAGUAUUCUCGUCUUACUAACGAAUUCGGUAAUUUGGCGAUUAACAAAAAUCACUAUGAUAACCCGCCCAGUGUGAGAACCAUUCGAUGGAAUCCGGAGCCUCUUGCACCAAUUCAAACGUCAGCUCCUAUCGUGAAUAGUAGUGGAACAAACAAAUAUAGCAGCCCGCAACGAUCAUCCAGACAGCCUGUAUAUACCUCUCAGCAGAUUCAUAAUCGUAGCAACAGUCAGGAUAGAAGAAGACCUCGUGUGCUUGAUGAACAAAGGAGAAUGUCUGCCUCAGAAUAUUCAUUUGCAUAUCACCCUCACCAACAACAUGCCCAAAGCAGCUAUAAUUAUAUGCCUCCGUCGACAAAUAAGUACCCGAAUAAUAAUCGAUACUCUGCGUCGGAGUACUAUACGUAUCAGCAACCACCGCAGCAAUACGAUUACUAUCAAUAAGGUAGAUAGUAGGUGCGUUUCCCUUUUUUAAAAAAAACUAUUUGUAUAUUUUCCAUGUGAUUAUUUCUCUUUGUUUAUUUGUUUAUAAAUAUAAAUAUUCUAUAUUAUCUUGUUGA